UAAUGGUUAGAAGCAGGAGAUGGGAUGGUGAGUGUAAAACAUUUGGUGUCCAUGAUCUGGUGCGGGACUUGAUUCUAAGAGUAGCUAAUGAUGAGAAGUUCCUGCAGGUCUCUAGAAUUCAGGUAGCCACUAAUCCUUCAGCGAACAAGUUUCAUGUUCGUCGCUACAGUUACUCUUCGCGCAUUUAUGAUGACGACGAUUUACGUGAGUCAUCAUCUAGUAACACCCGAACUUUGCACUUCUUCUAUGGAUUGAAUAACGAUUCUCUUUUGGGGCGCUUCAAACUUCUAAGAGUGUUGGCAAUCCUUGACUGUACAUUUCAUUAUUUUCCCCUUGUGAUAAAAAAAUUAGUACAUCUCAGAUACCUUCACAUAUUCAACUGUCACGAGGACAUUCACAGUUCAGUGUCAGAGCUUUAUAAUCUGCAGACCUUGAUUUUUGGCCAAUAUUCUGGUUUAUCAGUGGAGAUCUGGAAGAUGAAACUUUUGAGGCAUGUUGAGAUAAAAGGGAUCUCUGAUUUUUGUGUUCCAUCAAGUAAGGAAGGGUCUAGUUUCAAGCUACAAAAUCUUGAGCAUCUGUCAUAUCUAAAAAUUUCUUGCUGUACUGAGAAGUUGUUUUCUGAUAUUCCAAAUCUAAAGACUCUGAAAAUUUAUGGUGCCAAAGGAGAUAUAACUUCCGAGCUAAAUAGCCUUUCUUGUUUAAAUAAACUUGAAACAUUGAAGAUCGCCUGCAACCGAAGAUAUUACGAGCGACCACCGCAAAGUAAGUUUGCAUUGCCUACAUCUCUGAAGAGGUUGACUUUAGAAAGUACUUAUUUACCAUGGGAAGACAUGGCGAAUAUUGUAAUGUUGCCAAACCUCCAAGUGCUUAAAAUUAAAGACAAUGGAUUUGAUGGUGAUGUAUGGAGACUGAAUGAUGAAAUGAUUUUUAAUCAACUUAAGUUCCUCCUAAUCUAUGAGACAAAUCUGAAGCAGUGGAAAGCUGGCAGCGUUAACUUUCCAGAACUGCAAUGCCUAGUUCUGAAAGAAUGCAGAUCCCUGAAGACAAUCCCUCAAGACAUUGGGGAAAUUUAUACCUUGGAGUCAAUAGAGUUGCAUAAUUGCAGCACUUCGGCUGAAAAAUCUGUGAAAAAUAUUCAAAAAGAGCAAAAGAGCAUGGGGAAUGAUUGCCUCACUGUACUCAUCAAUAGUCGUCGUUAGGAGGGAUUUAAUGUCAAGUUCAAGAAUGCUGGUCAUGCUAGUUAAAAGUAUGUUGUCUAUGUGUGAUGAUUCUCGAGCAAUGGGCAGCAAUAUAUCUUCCAUUGUUAGCUUGGGUCUCUUUUCUGUUGCUUAUAAUGACUAAAGGACCUAUCUUUUAUGUCGGUCGCGUGCUGCUAGUUGUCGUUGAUGUUCUUAUUUUUGUAAUUUUCUUGCAAGCUAGACAUUAAUGACUGGUUGGUUUGUUAUGAUAAUGGUGUAUUUCAUUAUGUAGUAUUUAUCAAUUUGAGUUCAUAUAUAUUGGAUGCUUCUCUAAAUCUGCUCUGCAGUUUUGAA